AUGCGAUCGAUCUUUUCGGUCCUGCAGCGGACCGCAACAUCCUCAUGGCAGCCGGUAUCCAUGUCACUCCGCGACCCUCGCAUGAUAUUUAAACUAGAUUCGAUUUGCGCCAGGUGUCGUCGGCAACAAAUUCGGUUCUACAGCUCUCGUCAGUUGGCCGAUGAUCCCAGGUGGCUUUCUGUCGUCGAUCAUCCUGCGCGGAUUGUGCGGACUGGUAAUAAGCAUGGUCCGGGUUUGAUCAUCUUAGCUCUCAUUCCUAUUGUCUCGUUUGCGCUGGGCACUUGGCAAAUUCAACGGCUCGAUUGGAAGACGAAAUUGAUCGCCAAGUACGAGGAUCGUCUUGUGAAAGCUCCUCUUCCGCUACCCCCACAGGUGGAUCCUGAUGUUAUCUCCGAGUUUGAUUAUCGUCGAGUGUAUGCUACGGGCCGGCUCAGACAUGACCAGGAGAUGUUGAUUGGACCACGGAUGCGCGACGGCGAGGAUGGCUACAUUGUUGUGACGCCUUUGGAAAGAGGAGAGGGCGAGAGCACAGUGUUGGUGAAUAGAGGCUGGAUAUCAAAAAAAAUGAUGAACCAGAAGGAUAGAGCAAUUGGGCUGCCGCAGGGGGAGGUGACUGUUGAGGGUUUGCUCCGAGAGCCUUGGAAGAAGAAUAUGUUCACACCUGAGAACAGGCCGGAACAGGGGAAGUUUUACUUUCCUGACGUUGACCAGAUGGCUGAACUAACCGGCAGUCAGCCGGUGUGGAUUGAGCAGACUAUGGUUCCGGAUCUGAUCGAGUUCUAUGAUAGAACAGCCAAGGGCAUUCCUAUUGGUCGGGCAGCCGAAGUGAACCUGAGAAACAACCACAGCCAAUACAUCUUCACAUGGUAUGGUUUGUGCUUAGCAACAUCCAUCAUGCUGUGGAUGGUCAUCCGUAAGAGGCCCAAUGAGGCCACACGUCGGGUCCGCCAAAACCGGAACUGGUAA